CAGGCUACCGGACAGACGCUGUGGAUUGUUGAAGUGGACGGAGCUAUCCGUUAUUUUUCUGUUUAUUUAUUUAUUCGAGUUAUACUUUUUUCAUUAAGGUCCAACAGCUGCUGAUGAUGUGGGGAACCUCGCUGUUUUUUUUCUACUACGUCAUGGCCCAGGGGACAUCAGAUGAAAUUAAAGUGAAUUGUUCUAAAUUCCAUGGCUCUCCUCCUGUCACUUACACAUCUCCAAGUUUACUGGCGGACCUGAGAGUGGAGCUGGUGACAGUAGGAGGAAAAGAAAUGAUGAACAUCAGCUGGGCAAUCAACAUUGAUGCCAGUAUUGGAACUCUGACAGGCACUCGGAUCUUAAUUGCUGGGGAAGUGUACCACUGUGAAUACAGCUCAGUUUUGGCCAAGGCAGGCCUCAGCUCAGAGCAGAAAUGGUUUUAUUAUUUAGUAAAAGCAAGCUAUGGCUCCAACCUCAUCCAAGCUGCCAAUCUUCCUUUGCCUCCACCAAAUAGCGGUACCACUUAUAAGCACAUGGUUAUUGAAAUACCUCGUCCAGCAAGCAUUACAUCUAAGCCUACUACUACUGCUUACUUACCAACUACAGGUCAUAUAGGCUUAAAGAAAGUAGCAGUCAACUUCACAAACACUGUGGGGGCCAUUUUUGGAGGACUGGCCGGUUUGAUGAUCCUAUGUUCCUGCUUCAUAAUCUAUAAAAGACGGGGAACCAACUUUGCCAACCCAUGGGGUUUUGAAAAGUUGCCCAUAUCUACCAUGGCUUCCAUCCCCGUCUUGGUGGUGUACCCUGCAGAGAAUUCAGCCUUCCAGCAGGCCGUGGUGGCCCUAGCUGAGUUCCUGCAGUGGCACGGGGGCUGCAGAGUAGCUGUGGACAUGUGGCAGCAGGGGACGAUUGCAGCACUGGGGCCAAUGCGCUGGCUGGCAGAACAGGCCAAUGCAGCACACAGAGUGCUCAUCGUCUGCCCACAGUCCUCUUCUCAGACAAGCCACUCUCCACCCAACCACACCUUCCCAGAAUCCUCCAUCCCAGCAGCAGCUCAUGACCUUUAUCCACUGAUUCUCAACAUGGUGGCGAGCCAUGCAAAGAGUGCCAGCGACUCGGCUAAAUUCUGGGUGGUGCAGCUGGGCGAGCAGCAGGACAAGGAGCCUAGUAACCUUGCGCCGGAACUGAGGGCAUGCAAGUCUUUUUGUCUGUUGAAAGACUUAAACAAGCUGCACAGGUGUCUGCAUACCCAGAGUCAGCAUAAGAAGAAGGUAUCUGAUCUGAUAUUCAGACCAGGGAAUGCCUACAGUGAAAAGUGUACAGUGAAGUUGAGGGAAGCUGUAGAAAAACUACGUGGACAUCAGCCAAGCAUUUUCAGAGAAGUGGAACCAAUGAGAUCUGUGGUUGCUAUUGUUUGAACAUCUUUAAUUAAAUUGUUUAUAUUGGCGG